GGAUGAUCUGCUAUAAGUAUAGGUUCUUUUCAUCUUAGAAGUACAGUAUUUUUAUGUUAAAAGACGAGGUUCAUUUAUAGAAUGUAUAUCUCUAUAUUAUGUAGGAAAAUGAAAUUGAAAUAAUAAAACUUAACUCCUUUCAGCCUAGAUUUAAGUGGUCAAAAUGCGACAUUUCCGAUAUAGGACAAUUUGAGUUAUUUGACAAUCGGAAGAGCAGAAUCUACAAGAUAGAUUCCUCUUAGGGAAUGAUGUUGAAGGAAUUUUUAAGUGGAAAAGUUUGCUUCUAAGGAAUCAAUAAUCAUUUCAAGAUAGCAAAAAUCAUCUCAAACGGAAAUUUUGGAUCUGUAUAUUAUAGUUCUAUAAUGUAGAUGGUACGCAUGAGAAAUCUCCAAAAUGAAGAAUUGGUGACUUGCAAAAUUUAUAAGCAAGGCAGACCAGAAUUAGAAUAAGUAUUCAUUUUUAAUCAUUAUUAGGAAUUUAGAAAUGAAGUCUUGGCUCUCUAAUUUUUAAAACACAAGAAUUUACCCAAAAUUAGAGAAUACUACAUUGAAGCCAAUCAUAAUUAUAUAAUUUAUGAUCUAUUCGAAGGCUACCCACUCGAUAUUUGCAUUAAGAACAACAUUCUAGACAAUCAAUAGGUGUAUAAUAUUAUGAAGGUAAAUAUAUGAUGUUAUGAAUAGGAAUUAUUAAGAGUGGUUAAAUUUAUAUAAAUGGAAGGAUACUCCAAUUAGAAUAUCAAAUUAGAAAACAUAUAUUAUUAUUCAUUGAUGAAUCAAAUAACCCUAGUCGACUUUGGCAAAUCUUAGUUCAAAAAUUAAUCAGUUAUUGCUGGUGAUUCUUACUUUUCAAAAACUACAAAGGAUUAUUCAGAAUUAAAUACUUAAACAUAUCGAAAUGCUUAUCAAGAGAAAGACUACUUUGAUUGUGGCCUAGUAUUUAUUUAAUUGUACAUAUAUAAUUAAAAGUAGGAUUACCCAAAAAGUUUUAAGUCAUAAAGACAUCAACUAUUCGGAGAACAAUCAUAUUAUAAUGAGUUUAAUCACAGAAAUUCAUAACCAAAAGAUUUCUACUUUUCUUAUGAAAUUACUUUCAUAAAAUAAAACAUCAGAUAAAUCUAGCUUUUCAUAAAACAUAUUAACAGAAAUCGAUGACCUUAAUUUCGAACUAACAAAUUACAAAAAUUAUUGA